GCAGAUUUGUCCUCUGUUGAUUAGGCAAAGAAAAGAGUUCAUGUCCAUCCCAGCUUGUUUCACUUUGCUGCUUUGCCUCAGCCAGCCCCUUUCAGCUGCAGUAAUAUGAUAUCCCUUGGCAGAGGCUGCCAGAAUCUUUUGCACGUUGGGAAGAGGUUUAAUGUAAAGUCUACUUUUUUCCUUUUUUUCUUCUUCUUCUCCUUCUUCUUUUUGCGUUUUUAGAACUCUGGAGGUUCUGCACAGCUUUGGCAGGGACUGCUCACACAUGCAGCUGUGAGCAAAAGCCUUGCCAAUGCACUCUGUGAAGGGAAUGUCUUAAUCUCUGCCACAUCUCCCUCUCAAAAAAAAAAAAAGGCUCUCAGAACGGCAUGGAUCAGGCAGAAGAACUUUCUGCAGGCAGAAGGAAGAGCUUCCUCUCAGGUGACAAGGAAAAGAGCAGUGGCUGUAGGACCCUUGUGGGAUUUUUGUGCUUGGUCUCUCUGGUGGCUUUGCUGGCUGUUGUAGGAGAUCCAGCUGGAGCUGCUGUUCAGAGAAGUCAGGAAGAUGCCACCUGCCCUGGUCUGCAUGGAGUCAGUGCCUCUGCCCUGCACAGCCCAGCUGCAGCCCGCAGGAAGCGCUACACCAUCACCCCGGCGCGCCUCAAGUGGGACCGCUUCAACCUGACAUACAAAAUCCUCUCCUUCCCGAGGAACCUGCUGAGCGCGCGGGACACGCGCCGGGGGCUGGCUGCUGCCUUCCGCAUGUGGAGCGAAGUGUCCCCCUUCAGCUUCAGGGAGGUGCCACGGCACAUGCCCAGCGACCUGAAAAUAGGCUUCUACUCCAUCAAUCACACAGACUGCCUGGAGUCUCUCAUCCACCACUGCUUUGAUGGGACAACAGGGGAACUGGCCCAUGCCUUCUUCCCACCCAAUGGGGAAAUCCACUUUGAUGACCACGAGUACUGGAUCCUGGGGAACACCAGGUUCAGCUGGAAAAAAGGUGUCUGGCUUACAGACCUGGUCCAUGUAGCAGCUCAUGAAAUUGGGCAUGCCCUGGGCCUGAUGCACUCCCUGAACCCCAAUGCCCUCAUGCACAUCAAUGCCACUCUGACUGGCAAGAAGAUCAUCUCCCAGGACGAAGUCUGGGGAAUCCACAGGCUGUACGGCUGCAGGGACAGGUUGGUUAUGUGCCCAUCAUGGGCACGGAAGGGGUUCUGCGAGACGCGCAGGAAGCUGAUGAAGAGGCACUGCCCAGCCACCUGUGACUUCUGCUAUGAAUUCCCUUUCUCCACGGUGCCUCCUACUCUGCCCCCACCAAGGACAAAGACCAAGACAGUUUCUGAAGGCAGGAACGUCACCUUCCGCUGCGGACAGAAGAUCAUCCAUAAGAAAGGCAAAGUCUACUGGUACAAAGACCAGGAGCUGCUGGAAUACUCAUACCCAGGUUAUUUAGCCUUAAAUGAAGACCACAUGAGCAUCAUUGCCAAUGCAAUCAAUGAAGGAACUUACACCUGCAUAGUAAGGAAAAAAGAAAGAAUCCUGACUACCUAUUCCUGGAGAAUCAGGCUGAAGCACUGACAGGCCCUGGAGUGAGCAGUUGCAGGUCUGUUUCCAAUCCUCAAUGUUGCUUUACCAUUUUGUAUUUAAUCUCCAGUAGCACAACUGAACUUCUGCAGCAGCUGCUUCUUCCACACCUUGAGCAAAAAGAGACUGAGACUUGAUUACUGGAAUGUAAAACUUCACCAAAGUGGGUUUAAUGAGAAAGGUUUUAUCAAGUCUGUGCUGUACAGAGAAUUAAACCUUCUUUUGUCAAACAAAAGAGAAGAAAGAGGCCAGUGUCAGGGUUUGCAGAUAACCUGUGGCUUGCUGGAGCUUGCAACAUCUGGAGGAGCAGAUCCAGGCUUCAGCUGUACUGUGGUGGAGGUGCUGUGGGAGGAAAAGGAGCAGUUAUGCCCUGGAAGCGUUUUGCUGUCCCUUCUCUAGACCCUGCUGCACAGCACUAGAACUACUUUCCAGUGAGGGUGGGGCACACACUGGAACAGGUUGUCCAGGGAGGCUGUGGAUGUUCCCUCCCUGGAGGUGGCCAAGGCCAGGCUGGAUGAGGCCUUGAGCAACCUGAGCUGGUGGGAGAUGUCCCUGCCCAUGGCAGGGGCUUGGAACUGGAUGAUCCUUAAAGUCCCUUCCAACAAACCCCAUUCUAUGAACUUAAAGUCUUUUAGAAGACUUAAUACUACUCCGGCUUGUCAGACAGGAGGGAGGGUCAGAACCCCUUUUUGAUGCCUCCAUUCCUUAUUCUCACUUGUCCAGUUAAGAAUUUGGAGAUUUUUAACUUCCCCCACCCCCACUCUCCUGUGGUCUGUAUUGCUUUGUCACCUUACCCAGCAGACUGUUUACCUCCACCAGCAGCUCCUCAGAACUUGUCCUUCAGGUGUCUGAUGGAGGAGCCUCAUGACUCCUGCGGCAGAGAUGAGGUAACUUCCAUCACUGUCCUCCCCCAGGCCCCCACCUGGGGAGGUAAAUGUGCUACAGCCAACAGCCCAGCACUGGCAGUGGCAGGCAAAGCCUGGUGCCCUCAUGUCCACAGCAGUGGAGUGUUCCUGUGCAGGCAGGAGUCCCUGGUAGUCCUUGCAUUCAGCAGGAUCCUUGUCACGUUGCUGAGGUUUAUCAUUUUGUCCUUGUAACCUCUUGAAGCAAACAAGUUUCUUCUUGCUCAAAAGCACCAACUGCAAAGCCUCUCCCACGCUGCAGUACAGGGCAGAAGUCUAGGAAGCCCUUGGUGUUAGAGCAGAAAGGCUCUAGCAGUGCAGUUCUCCUCUGCUCUAGGACAGUUUUAACCAUCACAGAAAAACAUCUUUGCAUGGUCAGUUAAGCACAGGAAAAGACAAGUACUGAAUGCAAACCCAGACAGCAGAGGCAAGAGAAGCUAAGCUGCAAUAGCCAAACAGUGCUGCACUGCUCAUGGGGAGCUGACCCUUCCUUUCUGUAGCAACAAUGAAGCACACAGCUCUCAAGCCACAUGGAAUUUCCACUGCAAUCCAGCAUUUAGAUUUCCUUUGUUUUACUAAAACUAACCCAAACAAUCUUUUUGUCAGAGCAUGGCCCUGGAAGGAAAUCAUCUCACAAAGUGCACCAUGCACAGCUUGGAAUGAAAACCAGAGUCAAGCUCUGACCCCCCUCAGAGCUUAGCACAGGCCCCUUCUACAAGGCAGGGGGGGUGCUGCAAACCUCUGCUCUUCAGUAGUUAUUGAUCUCCACCUAGGAAGACUCUUGCUAAAAGAGAGGUCAGUUAGCAGCCUGGUAACAGAACUGUGGCUCCUUCAGCAUCAAGCAAUCAAUCAGGCCAGAAGAGCACACAGAGUUCUGCAUUCCUCCAGAGGGAAAAGAAAACAACCACCACAAACCACUGCUUUCAACAUUUACCACAUCCAAAUUCCAGGUCCAAGAUCUUUACCCAGAAAAGCUUCUCUAAUGUACUGAAAUUGAUGGAAUGUUUAGCAUCUCACUUAAUCCUUUGCCUGGGCUGGUGCCCAGUUCUGAGAAGCAUGAGCACCCCCAAGUAUUUCCCAAAUCUUUCUCUUCCCAGAAAAGAAAGAUCAGAGCCUCAAAAGGAUGUGGUAUCUCAACAUCAUUCCUCUGCUUUUUUUACUCUAAGGAGAAAGGACUGGAAUUCAGCAUGAUACAAUCAGCAAAGCUAAGCUGUUUUCUUGUUUUCAAUGGAAAAAGGGCAUCUUGAAAAGAAUUUUCUAUAGAAAAUAAAGUUUCAGGUCUCCACAGCAAA